CUCCUGUAGCAGUAGGGCCCCCAGCCAGCGCUCCGCCAAAGCGGCGGCCCCAGGGUUAAUCGCGGAGAACAGGACAGUGUCCGGUCCCCUUGAGGGCCAUCACACCCAGACCCAAGGGGUUGCAGCCUCCUGAGCAGGCCCAGGCAGGCCCGGGCCUGUUGGCAAGCUUCGAUCUCAGAGAAACAUACAUUUGUGCCUGGAGACCCUGCAGGCCAGAGUCCAAAUAUUUAACAACCAGAAGGGGCAAGGCUCUGACCAGUGACAGUCAGACCUCCUACUUUAUUUGGUGUUAACCGUUUCUUGUCUGGAUGGUGAAGUCUGGAAUCUGGGUGGGUCCUUGGAGGAGGGGCCAGGACAGCCCUGGGUGUCAAAGGUGGCAUUUGAGGCUCAUUUGAGGUGACAGUGGCUGUUUACCAACCAGUACAGAGCGAUUCAGCAUUUUCAUGAAUGGAAUGGCUGGAUGAAUCUGGGCCCCAUAUCGAGCUGAAAAACACACACAUGCGUAUAGACAUGCAUACAUGUACGCCACACACAGACAAGCCUCAUAAAGGCACAAGUGCACACACAUCUAUGCAGACAAGCUUCCUCGCUGCUUAUGCCUACAGGGUUUUUCUGUAUCACACACCUCAGAGGAGCCUGUGAUUACAUUUGUAGGAUUAUUUCGAGGGCAGGGCAGGGGAAGGAAAUGCGUUAAAGGCCAUGACAUGACACGGUUCCCUGGCCAGGUUUGGGACUGAACGGCAGAUUCAGAACUGCAGCGUUCAAAGCCCCUGCCCGCCUUAGGUUCUCAUGGCUACCUCCUCUGACCUAUCCACAUCCUUGCAGCUGGCAGGCAGGAUGUUUUGAAAUGGUGCAGCCAAAGGCCCGGUCCAGCUUGGCUCGCUCCCGAACAUGUCCAUAUUUGAAGGCUGCCUCAGGCCUGGCAGGGAGAGGCAGCUGUGGUCCCUGCAGGCAAAAGGCAGCUCAUGGGGCCUUCCAUUUCCAGCCAGGCCUCAUCUGGGGCAGGGCCAAGAGGAAAGUACAGAGUACCCGUGGGGGAGAAGUCCCGCCAGGAUGCACCCCUUCCCUGAGAAGCCCGCCUUCUCCCUCAUGGACAGGGUCCGCCAGCUGGUUGCCGUGGUUACAACCAGUGCCUGGAAUUCCUCCUUAGGGCUCUGGGAAGAGUAUUGCUCAAUGCAGGAUGUGCUGGGUGUUUUAUUUGGGGUUUUUAAGUUAUUUAUGGCUUGGUGUCUUUCUUGUUUUGUGGCUGUGUUUUUGCUUUUGUUUCUGCAGGAGCGCCUCUCCCAAGCAGUGGGGGCCUGAGGGCUUGAAAGAGGCUGGGAACACUAGCAGGGAGCACUUGGCUCCUGGCAGAGGGAGAGGACAGGAGGAGGAGCCUUCCCCAGGAGGAGCGAGGAGAGGUGGCCGCAUGGCAGGCCACAGUGCCCUAUGGGCUUUUCUGUUUGAACCCCAUGUGGGAUGAAUCUCAAAGCCACCAGCGUUCUGGCCUAGUGUCCAGAGCAGCAGAGAUUUGCAGCCCUCGCCCCUCCCUGAGAAGAAGCUGGAUUUGAAAAUCCCUCACAGGCCCUAACAUGUUUCCUGGGUGGGCAGAGGCCUCAUGAUCAAGCAGCAAGUAUACCCAGAGUAGAAGCCCUUCCCCACUCCCACCUCAAACCCAGGAGCAGAACUCAGUGUCCAGAGCUUGCAAGGGUUUGCCGAGGGCUGCCCAGCCCUGUUUCUGGUUUCCUGGACAAUUUCUCUGUCAGAUACGGCCCAUUGUAAACCCAGAGGGCUGCAUUUUGGGUUGAGUAAUACGGACACCAGGGAAGUACAGAAUGAGUCCAGCAUUGCCGUGGGGGAGGGAAGAGUGUGUCCUGGCAGGAAGCCACCAUUGGAGAAGGUGAGGCCAGUAACCGUCUCAUGGGAUUUGCAAUCAUCAGCCUAUUUGAGCUGCUGGGUCUCUGUUACUGUGGACUCCAGUCAUUCAAGGAGUUCUCCACUCUUGGGUUUUUUUUUUUUCUUUUCUUUUGCUAUUUUGCCUGAACACCCCAACACUCUUGGUUUUAGAGGCCAAGAGUAAGUUGUGCAGAGACGUGGUUCUAAUUUGGAGUUCAAAGGAACACCAGCUCUGAAAAGGUGACUAUGGGGUCAGGAUGUUUCUGGCAGGCUCAGAAGUGCUGGCUGCUCUUCCCCAGCCUCCCCACUGCUCCCUCCUCUGUUCCCCAUGUGGAGGUGGGGGGUGCUGGGACUGGGGAGAGGGCAGCCACCUCCAUCCAAGGCUCUUCCUAGGGGCCUUGCUAUUGUGGACAGCAGACUUUAUCCCUCCUUCUUACUCUGGGCCAAGACCUCCCACUCCGCUCUCUGAGGAUGGCACCAAGAAUGGGCCUUUGAGACUUCUCAGGACAUUGACAAUGUGCACACUGCAAGUUGACUUAAUUUAUUUAUUUUGUGAAAAGAAGAGACAGAAAAUACCUUAUUAUCUGCAGGGACUCGACGCUGUACCCGAAUCAAGAAAGAAAAUAACAAUAGAAACCAUUCACACACUCUGUUCAUGCACGGACACCAGAAGCCGAUUCAGAACACCAGAGGAGAAUAAGCCGGAGCGCCAGCACCACGAUGGCCCCGGGACGUUGUUUAAGAUCUGAGAUCCCUUGGUUUCUCUCAUGUUUAUCUGAGAUGCCACAUCAGGGCCCUUGCUGCUAUAUUACCUCUGCCCGGGUGUUUGAGACCGGUCACAAGUGCGUGGGUGUUUCCUGGAAAUGUAUUCCCCUGGGAUUCAGCGAUGCUCUGGGAACCGUUGGGGUUUGGGGAAGGACAAUGUGGUGUGACUAUUGGCUUGACACGUUGUGGAUGUGGUUGGAGUCAUCCACGUGGACACGAUUUUCAGCUUGGAGCUGGGAUGGAGAAGAUGGAAGCGCUGGGGGCCGGGCCUCCUUUUCCAGCAAGGCUGGCCCUGGUUUCUCCUCUGUUCCAGCUUGUCUGCCAGAGCCUUCCCCUACAAAGUGCCCACCUGCCCGGAGACAGAGGGAGCAGCUGAGGCCUCUCUCCACUGGCCGCCAGCCUCCCCAGCACAAGAGGACUAUUCAGCUAUGAGUGUUUACUCAUGUUCUUUCUUAUUGAUGAGUUCUGCAGCCCAGCCUAUAGAAAUGGCUCAGAACAUUCCAGGCCUUGGUGAGACAGAGCAGCAUCCAGCGCUCACAGGCUGUCCCCGCUCUGCCUGUUCCCAUCUUCCCCUUGGGGCCUGUUCAUAAAUUGAGGAAUGGAUAAGGGCCCUGGAGGGUCCUUGGGAGUAAUUAGUGGAGGGCAGGAUUCCCAGGUCCCCGUAGAGAGGGAAGGAGAAGCCCACAUGUGCACAGAAGCCCGUCUCUGUCACACACACACCGCAGGUGGUCACCGAUUUAUUUUCCAAAAGCUUAGAAAUAUAAAGCAAAUUUAGGCUUUUGUCCCUCUGCGAUACAUGCACUUGAAAAUAAACAGAAAAGAGAUGUUUAAUAACAAGUUUACUUCCUGUCUGCUAGCACCCUCAGCCUGGGAGGUACUGCCAGAGGCUGGCGUAGGGGAGCAGCUGCUGACCAAACCCCACAGAACGGAGGCACCGGCAUCACACGACAUCUUUCCCUUCCAUCUCGGUCAUCUAUCUGUCUGGCAAUGGAAGGAGCUCCAGCAGGAGGUCCUUCCCAGAAGGUUGAUUCUUGGCCUGGGUGGUAGAGGAGAUAUCCUGACCCUAAAGUCUUCCAGCCCCAGGUCAUCCUCUGCUAUGCUGGGGUCCAUUGACCGUAUAGGCCAGGUGCGGUGGCUCAGGCUUGUAAUCCCAACAUUUGGGGAGGCCAAGAUGGGAGGAUUGCUUGAGCCCAGGAGUUGGAGACCAGCCUGGGCAACAUGGUGAGACCAAUUGACUGUAGGGCUUGUCCCUUGCUAGAAUAGGAGCAGAAGACUGAAUAGCUGUGUCCUCAAGGCAGUCCCCUCCCACCCCCAUUCCCAAAGUCAGAAAGCGAAGCCAGAUCUCAAAGGCUGAUACCUGAGGCAAGGAGAGCUAAGGGGAGAGAAAGCGGGGUGGGGUGGGAGCAGACACCUUCACAAGCCAAGUGUGUCUUACAGAUCUGUACAAGCUGAUAGAAGGACCGCCUGCUGAAAUCCAGGGCUCCUGAGUUGAUGGGUUUGCUUGUGAAGCUUCUAGGACAAGGCGCAGCCAGAUGGAAGGGAGAGGAUCCAGGACUUCCUAAAUGCAGCCGCAUCACCUCUCAACUCGCUGCAGUUUCAGAGACAGUGGAAGCUGCUCUUUACCUCAAAAGCACAAAGCAGAAUUGGCAACUUCACAUGUCUCAAGAGCUUCAGGAUCCUUUGGUCUCGUGUCCUUUGGCACCCCACAACUGUAUGGGGGACAAAUUUGUUACAUGUUUCCAAGGCUACAGACAUGGUGCCAUCCUCACGGGCCUAGCUCAUGUGAGGUACUUUGUGGAUCAGGUACUUUGCUGGGGGGAUACAAUGACCCAGGUGGUCUGUGUCCUCUGCCAUUGGUUUGAACAGGGCACCCCCUGAAGUCUCCAUCUCGGCUGUAUAGUCUAGUCCAAAUUUGCCUGGCUUCCCCGCUCCCUCCCAGGUCCUGCACACUGUCUUUUUGCCAACACCUCAGCCCUGUGUGCUAUUUCAUGUCUGCAUGGUACGAGACACCGCUUCACGGCAUAUACUGCCACGGUAUGUACAUAUGCAUCCACGUGUAUGUGUAGCAUGUAGCUCAUUCUGCUCAGCCUCUGGUCCGUUCCACAUUGCUCCCAGCCCCACUGCUGUCACUGUCGUCCCAGAUGUCCUUGCCAUGGCCACAGACAAUCUGCCGUCUCCUGGAAACGCUGGGGCUGCCCUUCAGAGAGCUGGCAGCCACUGGCAGUCAGGGCCUGCUUUGCAGAAUAGAAUGUGAACCCAUCUCCUGAUGGCCUACUUGACUUAUUUAAUUAAAGAUGAAAACAUGCAACGAGCAAAA